GCCUUUGAUUCCGGAGUCAUAGACGUGCAGUCACAGCCCACAGUUAGGGAAGAGAAAUCAGCUACCAACCCGGCAGCAAAACUCUUGCUUCUGGAUGAACUCAUGUCCCUGGAGAACGACGUGAUUGAGACAAAGAAGAAAAGGAGCUUCUCUGGUUUCGGGUCUCCUCUGGACAGACUCUCAGCUGGCUCUGUACAUCAUAAAGGUAAAAAGAGGAAAGUAGUAGAGCACCCCAAAAGGCGAUUUGGUAUCCCUGUGGAUCGAAUUGGUAGAAACCGGCUUUCAAAUUCCAGAGGCUAA